AUGGCCACUUUCACCGGGGCGACGGCCCACGCCAGUCUUCGGCAAUCAAUUCUGGGCCAGAAGGUGACGAUUCCGAGUAUUUACAAGACAUUUCCCGACUGGAAACCUCGACUGCAUGAGUAUCACGAAAGAGCACGGGACGAGGUUCUCGACCCGUGGAUUGAAAAGUGGGUGAUCGACAAGCGCACUAUGAAAGCGCUCAAAACAGCUGAUUUCGGCGUCUUCGCUGCCGUCUGGUGCCCGGAUGCCCCGUUCGAUGUUCUCUGCACAGCGGCGAAGUAUUUUGCUUGGUAUUUUGUGUACGACGACAUAUUUGAUUGUGGUACUCUGAAGCAUGAUGAAAUCCUCGCUAGCGAGUAUAGAGCAGCAAGCCUUCACUAUUUCAGAUUUUCUCUCCUUGGUGAAGGGCUUGCGCCAGAUCUUAGCUGUUUUGAUAUCGAUCUUCAAAACGGUCUAGAAUGCUGGAACGAGAUCGGUGAGCAUAUUUGUCAAGUCUCUUCCAGAUCUACUCGCGAAGUGCUAUGUGACGAGAUGAUACGAUACGUCGGCAGCCUCAACAAUGUGGACAGCAUUUUCUCAGCCCAUGGAACCCCCACUAUCGAGCAAUACUGGGAACGACGCGAGGCUACUGCUGCCGCCCAUUGUGUGAUUGCUACACUUCCAUUCAUAUAUGGAGUGGAGAUUGAUAGAGCAGAUGUACAAUCGGAAUCCAUGCAGAAGCUUUGGAGACACACUUCCUAUUUCGUUCACAUAACAAACGACAUGCUCUCCUUCCGAAAAGAGGUGAAUGACGAUCAGAUUGAAAACCUAAUUCCUGUUUUGAUGCUCAACCGUGAAAUUGAUUGCAACACGGCAAUGAGCCGAGCAUACCAAUUGCUUCAAAAUGAAGCAGAUGGCUUCCAUGAAGCGGAAGCGCAGCUAGAUCGCAAAAGUCAAGGGAAAUCGAAAGUCAUCUCGGAUUUGUUUAGAGAAGGAUGUCUGAAUGUGGCGAUGGGUCUUACUCACUGGAGUUACCUCGGUGAUCGAUAUUUCAAGGUCUGGGAACGUGAUGAACACGAUGUGAUACAAUUCACCGUCGAAUCGCCCAAGUCCAAGAUCAAUGCUUCGAUGAAAGUCGAAACGCCCAAGAAAGAAUUUGACCAGAUCUUGCUCUCGCAAUCUUUCCUGCAAUAUGCAAUUUCUGCCGCUGUUCAGUAUAGUCCUUUCAUUAUGAUGACUGUUGCUGUUAUGGUGCCACGUCUGAAUAUCUUUUUCCCUCGUCAAAAAGCAUAA